GUGAACUGCGAACAGGCAACAGUAUUCCGUCUCCGUACAUUUGAAUUGAUAUUUAAAAUGUUUAGUAUUUUUAAUAAACGAAAACCUAAUUUAAAUGAUGAGGAAAACGAAAUCGAAGCUGAUAUUGACAUUUCUACAACUAAUACUACUCAUACAAGUAGUAUUACAAAUCAAACUCUUGAUUUGGGAAAUAAAGAUUCCGGCCCAUGUCGUCUUAUACUUACAGAGUGUAAAAAAAUUAAAUUUGGAACACAACAAAGAGCAUUUCGAAGCCAAUGGUACAAUAAAUGUGAUUGGCUAGAAUACGGUGUUCAGCGUAACACUGCAUUCUGCUUUGUUUGCCGAACUUUCGGUUCAGAAAAUUCACUAAAUUCAGGUGAAAUAUAUAGAUUAAAUCUGGAUUCAAUAAUUGGCAUAAGUUUCUUGUAAAAUCAAAAAAAAAAAUUCUUCCACCAAUACUCAUUUGACUAAUUUAUCGAAAAUGUGUGCAUAUAAAAGUAGUUUAAAGACAGGAUCUGUUGUGACACAACUAUCUAGCUUCCAUAAAAAACAAGUUGAAAUUAAUCGCAAAUACAUGUCUAGUUUAAUUGAUGUUGUGUUAUACCUUGCUAAACAAGGCAUAGCAUUUAGAGGACAUAAUGAAAAUUUAGAUUCUUUAAAUCAAGGUAAUUAUAAGGAAAUGUGCCAUAUGGUAUUUUCAAAGUUCAUGCCAGAUUUGAAAAAUGUAUAUGAGAAUAAAAUUAACCAUACCAGUUGGAAAGUGUAGGACAAAAUUAUUAAAAUAAGUGCUGACAUAAUUAAAAAAAUUAUUGUUGAGGAAAUUGUUGUUCCUGGGAAUUUUGCUCUAAUAGUUGAUGAAGCCAGGUCUCAUAAAGAAGAACAGUUAUCUGUAUGUGUACGGUAUGCUGUUGGUCUUGAGGCACGUGAAAGAUUUUUGCAAUUCAUAGAUUUUUCUAAUGGACAAACUGCUAACCAUAUUAUUUCUGUUGUUUUUAAUUGUUUUCAAAAUUUAAGUAUUAAUAUCAAUACAUUAAAUAUCGUUGCUCAAUCUUAUGAUGGUGCAAGCGUACCUUGGAGGUGUCCAGUCAAAAAUUAAACAACAAUUUCCAUGUGCCAUAUACACACACUGUAUGGCACACAGAUUAAAUUUGAUUGUUGUGGAUUUGUGUAAAGGAAUAAUGGUGUUAAUUAGUUUAAGAUUAAUCAAACAAUAAUUAGUAUUAUUAAUAUAAUAAUUGUGACAUUACAAUCUAAAAAUGCUACUUUAGGAAAAACAAAAAGUAUUAUCAAUAGAAGUAUACAAAGUAUUGAAAAAUUACGUUCUGACAUUGAAUUUUCUACAUUUUGGCAAAAAAUUACAUCUUUAGCUGAAGAGAAUGAUAUAACCCUUGAAAUACCAUACAUAGG